GAAUGAAAGCCAAUAUCACCAACACUACUGAUGUUUCUUUCCCACUGAGAAUGGGCAACACAUUUCUAUCUGGAUACUCCAGCCAAUUCUCAAUGGGAAAGUGCCCAAACAACAUCACUUGGCAAUAUUGCUCAAAACAUUGCCCCGUGUAUCAUCACCUUAAGACCAAUCUGCAUUAAACAUGCUCAGUAUGGUUUGAAAUAUUACCCAAACCCAACAGAUAUAACUUAAUUCACCGCUACAUAAUAAUAGUAGGCUAAUAAUGAUUGAACAAUGUCAUAUACUCGUGAAAUCAGACCGUUAUGUAGGCUUUUCUGUAUUCCAGCUGCUUUAAUUCAUGCCAUCAUACUAAAAUUAGAUCUCACAAAGUAGUCACAAAAGAUCUCAAGCAGGGAUUUCAGGAGAAACAUAUCCCAGACAAAGUCAUAUACUUGAACUAAUCACAACUAAGAAGUCCAUUGGUCUCUAAAGCAAUGAGCAAAACCUCUGAGCAAUGAAACUUUCCUCUGGGCGGCUGAAGGGUCAGGUUUCUGUGCGCGAAGAAGAGUCUGUUCACAACCUGAUCAUAUCUCUGCAGAGGAAUAUAUACAGCGCGCGCCGCGUAUUAACGCAGCGUUUGUUGAUUUAUACGAUUCUCGUCGUAUCUGCGCGAUUUUUUCUUUUUUCCAUCAUGGAUCCUUUGACUCAUUUGGCAGAGAAUAACGGAACAGAUUCUCUGGAAUACCCAGUGUGCUCCGAAUGGAAGGAAAAUCCUGAAGGAUCAACGUUUCACCUCGCUCAUAUACUGCUGGUUUUGGGAUUCAUGGGUGGCAGUGGCUUUUAUGGAUUACUCUACAUGUUCUGCUUUUUAGCGCUCGGGUUUUUCUGUUAUUCGAUCUGGUCGUGGUCCGACCCCUGCACGACCGACUCGUUUUCAUGGACUUUUGCGCUUUUCGUCUUUUGUUUGGCACAAGUUGUCCAUGUGUCGUACCGACUGCGAAGAGUCACUUUUGAGAAGGAGUUCCAGGAUCUCUACGAUUAUAUGUUCAAAAAGCUGGGAGUAUCCUUAACACAUUUUGGGAAAAUCGUCGAGUGUUGUGAGGGCGAUAUCCAUACUAUAGACAAAGACCACUGCUUCGCCAUGGAGGGUAAAACCUCAAUCGACAAACUGUCAGUUCUCCUCUCAGGCAGGAUACGGGUGACGGUGAACGGGGAGUUUUUGCACUACAUCCAUCCAUUUCAGUUCCUGGACUCCCCAGAGUGGGAUUCCCUCAGACCUUCAGAAGAAGGUUAUUUUCAGGUUACGCUGCGCGCAGAUAACCGCUGCAGGUACGUGGCGUGGAGACGGAAGAAACUCUACCUGCUGUUCGCGCAGCACCGCUACAUCGCCAAGAUCUUCGCGCUGCUGGUGCGCAAUGACAUCGCGGAAAAACUCUUCUCUUUAAACGACAAGGCUUUCGACAUCCACGGGUUCCGCUAUGAUCUCCGGUUACCCAGCUUCUGUCACGGGCCAGAGCCAGAAAUAGAAAACACAAGUGAAUCCCGGCCCGUGCUGGAAGAGAGUGAAACCAAACCUGCGGAAAGAGACUCAUGAGAAACGCACGCUCCACAUUUCUAUAGUCUUAAUCGGUGGUAAUUAAUGGUCAUUAUUUUUAGUCAUGCAUUUUUUUUUUUUUUUUUUUUUAUCUUGAGUGCACUUGGGAUGUUUUCCCCAAACAAUGUUGUCCUUGUUUUAAUUGUAGUGAUCAGAAAUCGAGGUUAGUUAAUUCAGUCAUUUUAUCAACUAGUCAUCAACUAUUCUGAAGAUGAAGUUGUUGCACUUGCUUAAUAAACUGUCUGUGUAUAUAAU